GUUAAUAGACGUGUGAUCACCGAGCAAGUAGGUUACUUAUUUACUAGGUUUUGGGGUGAUUUUAGAUUUGAAGGAAUCCAAUGAGUUUAUUAGAGUUGUGUCCAUUCGUUCCAGUCUUUAGUAGUUCGAGGGAUGAAGCUGUAUUUAUGAGCAUCCCUUUUGACUCAUAGCUGUCGCCGGAGCUUGAUACUAUUUACCCUAGUCUGCAGGCUGGUUUGCUGGACUAAGACCUUUUAUUAUUUGGAACAUUAGGCAAAGUCAACUUUGUUUCCGUCUGUCUUCCAAUAAGUCCCAUUCUAAGGCCCGUAACAUGGUUGUGACACUGCUGGUUCGUCUGUAAUUCCCCAUACAGAAUCGAGCUGCCUUUCUCUGAAUGGCUUCUAUCUUCUGGGUAUCCUUAUAAUGGGGAGCCCAUGCAAGGGAGGCGUAUUCCAGGAUUGGUCUCACCAAAGUUUGGUGGGAAAGUCGUUUUAUUUCCUUGGGAGCAGACCAGAAGUUCCUUCUCAGGAAACCGAGUACUCUGGAAGCUUUGGAGCAGACUUUGAUGAUCUGGGCGUCCCAUCGCAUCCUGUUAUCCAUGUCAACACCAAGAUGAUGAUCCUAGAUGAAAGUUCAGUGGUGUAUCAAGAAUGGGCGCAUCCAACAUUACCAACGUUUUUAUCCUAUUACAUCGUGGAUAUUCAAAAUCCAGAAGAAUACAAGAAUGGAGCCAAGCCUAUCAUCGAAGAUAAGGGACCAUACGUCUACAAGAUGUUUGUAGACCGGAAAAACCUGACAUUUCACGACAAUGGGACUUUGACCUUCAUGCCACAUUAUUUAUAUUUCUUUGAACCUGAGAAAUCGGUCGGCCCAGAAACUGAUCGCAUCAUCACCCCAAAUAUAAUGUUGCUGGCUUCUGUGUUUGCUGGUCGUAAUGAUUCAAACGAGACUAAGAGUGAUAUGAAUGCUUUUCUCAAUCUGAUCGGAGGAGAAGUGACCCUAAAUCUAACUAUCGGGGAGCUCAUGUGGGGCUACAGAAGACUGGGAUGGGGUCCAUUGAAGCGUUUUGUAUCGACUGGCGAGUUUUGGGUACAAGAAAACGAGGAACAAAAUGAGUGGAUGAGACCAGGUUUUCUGUCGCCGUUCAACGCAACUUUGCUCUACGAGUACAAUGUUUUUGACGGUGUUGCUGAUCAGAAACUUGUCAAUGCAAUCGAUAAUUACUGGGGUAAACCAACGACAGAUUGGUGGUGGUCAGAAGAGGCCAAUGAUAUCAGGGGAACAGAUGGAACCAUGUUUCACCCUUAUGUGAAGAAAACCGAAGAACUUACCAUGUUCAACCCUGAAUAUUGUAGGUCUCUGGAUUACGUUUACGAGAAGGACGUCAAUUUCAGAGGUAUUCCGCUGUUGAGGUUCAAGCUUGCCCCACACACGUGGUCUAAUGCCACCGUUUAUCCACCCAACGCGGGCUACUGCUCGGGUAAUCCUGAAUUGUGUGGCGUAUCAGGAUACAUGAGGCAAGAUCCAUGUCGUCAAGGUAGUCCAUCAAGUAUCUCGAAUCCACAUUUCUAUGAAGGAGACCCUUCACUAAUUAAUGCCGUAGAGGGCUUGAAUCCAGUCAAAGAACUUCAUGAACACAUUAUGGACAUUGAACCAUUAAUGGGAAUGCCAUAUGUUUUGAAAGUCAGACUGCAGAUUAACAUGGAAACUACACAAGAUGAUUUAAUUGAUGCAGUGAAAAACGUUCGGGAAUUAACUCUACCUCUUGCGUGGUUUGAGCAGAGCGUAGAAGCAGACGACAAGAUUGUCGACGAUUACAAUACCGGAUUCGUCAUGACGGCUAAUAUCGGUAUCGCUGUGCAAUGGUUAUCGAUUUGUUCCGGAAUCAUAUUCUCCAUCAUUAUCAUCUUUGACAGUGUCAAGCGGCGGUCUGCUGAAAAAAGGGCUCAUGAAAUGUCAGAAAAGGAUGAGAUAAAAGAUUCUGCUGUUUAUAAAGCAAAUGACGACAUUGAAAAUCACAAGGCACCGGUCACCUCAUCUCACGAGUUAACCAAGACUGACUAUACUAAUCCAACAUUCAGCACAUAGUCGUAACCAGUAACAGUGUAUAAAAACUUCUAACCCAUAGUCAUGUCCAAUGCACUGGGAGCGGCGCGGGGAGGGUAGUCUGCUGUGCAAACCCUUCACUAGAGUUAAAGGUCUGAAUGUGCAGCCUAUUCAUGCAUUGUGUACUGAAGGCCCUCUCGAAUUAAAACAGCAAGUUUUGUACGUGCUAUGUGGAGACACACUUGCUGAUCAAAGUUUCAAUCAGGGUCUGUGCCUGCAGACUACGGGGAGGGGGCAGGGGUGCAACCAAGAGCAAUAGUUUUUCAAGCAAUAAAAAAAAUAGAAGCGGAAAGAUUUGAAAAGAAGAUGAGGGUUUGGUAUUGAAUAGAGAGUUCCAACUUCCAAGUCAUGUAACUCAUUAAAUUACCCUCUCUCAUUUUCAUGGAGAAAAGGGGUCACUAGGCCACCCCUUUCAUUUGGAUACAGCUUUGCGCUAUACACCGAAUAUACAAAUUGAUUAACCACCAUCUGAUUUCAUGUAUCAAUUAACGCUAUUAUUACUUUUUUUUUUGGGGGGGGGGUUAUCGCAGAGGGAUGUAACUACAUUGAAUACAGUCUUUAUAUUUGAAUCUAAUUUCUUGUUAAAAAGUUUUUAAUAACAAGUUGGACUUGCACAGGAUAACAUUUGGACAUCAGUACGCAUGAAAGGAAAAGAAAGACAAGAGGUCCAUGUUGUACAUAAUGUAGUACUGCUAAAGUGUAAUAUGAAUGUAUUCAUAUAAAUUCAAACAGAAAUAUGUAUCAUAAUUUAAUAGAUUUAUUGAUGAUUUGUUUGAUUUCCCUUCAUUUUGCCCUUUUAGGGACGCACCAUUAGAUACCCAGGGGGUGGGGGCUGGAAGUUUGGGUUGAUGUAAUUUUUUUUUUCUUUCUUUUUUGAGCAAAUUUUUUACCCUUACUCGAUUGAGACAAUUUUUUGUUUGCACCUUUCAGAUGAUUUGUCAGUGGACCAAGUUUUGUUUUUACUCUGAUGGUGAGCCAAUUUUUUUGGGGCUCAUAUAGCAAGUCAAGUUUGUUUUUAGAAAACUUCCAGCCCCCCCCCCUCCCGGAUAUCUAAUGUUGCAUCCCUUAAAAGGAAAAUUCAACUCUCACAAAAAGUUUUUUCUAAAUAUACCAGAAAAAGUGAUAAACAAUACGAGGAAAACAGUGUGAGGAAUAUCCAUCAAAGAUUAAGAGAGUUAUUAGAACUUCAAGUUUUUGAUUUGUGACGGCAUUUAUGAGCAGCUGUCAUAUGAUGUAAUAUAAAAUGCAUAACUUUAAAGUUUUUUAAUUAUUGGUGAUGACUGAAAUUAGUUUCUUUCUGGAGCGGGUGUGAAAUGAUUUGUCUCUUGUCUAAACUGAGUGAACAAAAAAAAUAAUAGCUGUUCGCAUGUCACAAAUCAAAAAUCCUAAUAGCCGUUUUUAAUCUUUGAAUAAUUUUUUUCAUACUAUUACUUCACAAUUAUUUAUUCUGCUAUUUUUACAAUAUUUUCAUCAGAGUGAGCUUUCCUUUGAGAAUGUUUACCAGAUUGAUAGAUAUUUCCUUUGUUAAAUCAUUUGAAUGAUCAAAAUCAUUAUAUAAUUUGAUUAGAUCUCAGUUUUUUUGCUCAUAGCUCAGUUAUUCGAAGCAACAAGAGAAUUGUUUUGUGUUUGUUUGUUUGUUGUGUAUUUAUAUGGAAGUUUUAUUUAUAUUUCAUAGGCCAUGUGAAUAUAACAAAUUUCGAUUGCAAUAAAGCAUCUUUCUCUAACCCA